GCCGUGCAGCAUGUUAGAUCCUGAGGGCAGUGUGGAGCACAAGCCUUCCUCUUCCUUCCCCAAAGUUUUCCUCAUCCCUCUAGCUAUGCUCCUUGCCAUUGCAGCACUCCUGCUCUUAGCAUUUUCUGCUACGCAGCAGAAAGAACCUGAUUUUUACACUUUCAAAGUUGUAAACAUCAGGGGCAAACUAGUCUCUCUGGAGAAGUACAGGGGCUCGGUGUCUCUAGUUGUCAACGUUGCAAGUGAGUGUGGGUACACAGAUAGCCACUACAAGGCCUUACAACAGUUACAGAGAGACCUCGGCCCAUAUCAUUUCAAUGUGCUGGCAUUCCCAUGCAAUCAGUUCGGACAGCAAGAACCAGACACUAACAAAGAAAUUGAGAGUUUUGCACGAAAGACUUAUGGUGCCUCCUUCCCUAUGUUCAGCAAAAUUGCAGUCAGCGGAGCUGGUGCAAUUCCUGCCUUCAAAUACUUAAUUGAUUCUACAGGAGAAGAACCAACCUGGAACUUCUGGAAAUACCUGGUGGACCCCAAUGGGAAAGUAGUAAAGGCCUGGGACUCUACUGUCUCUGUUGAAGAAAUAAGACCUUAUGUUACAGAACUUGUAAGGAAAAUCAUCCUGAAAAAGAAAGAUGAAUUAUGACUUUCAAAAAUCCCAGCAUGGAACAUGCAUCUUUAUUGAGAAUUAGAGCUGGACUUUGCCUUUUCACAUUCCAAAAGAGAGAAUGAGGAAGGGAAAUUAUGACCAGUGGAAUCUAUAUUUACCAACCUAAGAAUGUAGAAAACAGCAAGUUGGCAUGGUCAAAGUAAUUAAAAGUUUUUUUCUCCAA